AUGAACUUUUACCUUGCAGACGGCAAUUCCCCUACGAGUCAGACCGACCAAUGGUGGAUGGGUUUCCCAGUGCUUCCCGGUGGUAGCUGGUCGACGCCUUAUGACUGCAGCCGGUCAACGUCCCACGCUCAGCUGCAGUCUAUGGACCUCUCACCCGGCGAGACUUGCAGCUUUGAUAUGAUGGAGGGGCUCGUGUGUGAUACCUCCACUUCUCCCAAAGUUCUCGGUAUGACUUGCCACGAGGCGCCGGCGCCAUUGAGUAGCAGCCAAGGAACGAUGUACCUAACGCACAAGCAGAUGCUGUUUGAUGAAUCAGCAAGACCUCCAGAGUCAAUGCGUACGUCGAUUACUCCUGACUUUAGUUCAGACUCUUCACCCGCGCAUCCAGCCGUACGGCAAUACAGCUCUGUGCAGCGUCUCUGCCCAUCUACAUCCUCGGACAAGAGUGAGGAUGCUCCGAGCAUCUGUAUCCAGCGGAAGGAGGCACACAAUCAGGUUGAGAGACGUUACAGAGCGAAUCUGAAUGCCGGAUUCAAACAACUUGAGGAUAUCACCAAACAAGAGGCUGGGACGAUAGGUACCGAUGUCAAGUCGGCGAAGGGGUUGAGGCCGGGUAGAAAAGCAUUGAUUCUGCAGAAUGCCUAUGAUCGUAUUAUCAGUCUUCAGUUUGAGCUCCAAGCACUGCAAAACAAGAUUGAAACAUUGUGA